UUAAUAUAGAUAUAUAUAUUCACCUGUCUAUACAUAUACCCCCUGAAUCAAUUUUCUCUUUUUUCUGAUCUCUGUUUGGAGACUAUAUUGAAGCCACACCUGCACAUGCAUAUACAUAAAUAAACACAUACACACAAAGAUAUUAGAGCAUCAACAACUUGUACUUUGUGCUUUGACCCAAUCAAGCUUCAGUCAAGAAACCUCUUUUAAGCUGAAAUAGCACAAAGAGGAAGCUUGUUUGGAAGGCGUUGCAGCACAGUUGGAAAUGUUAGUUUGUUGCCUCGGAGUUGACCCAGAUUUGAAUCUUGUGUAGAGGUUUUUCACGUUGGAUGGAUAGCCUUUGAGCAAGAAAAAUAGUGCUUUCGGCGUUGUGGAAGUUGAAUUUUCGUUUAUUUUUAUUUUCGAAUUCGAGCUGUUGUAUUUGGGAUGGGCUGUUACUGUUCGAAAUUCACCUCGUGUUGUUUUAUCUCGGAGCAUAACGGACCGGUAAACGAAGCCAAAAACGCUGAAAAUGAGGAGAAAGGCGAAAUCAGCGAUUUGCCUUCGUUUCGUGAAUUUUCGGUCGAGCAACUAAGGAUAGCUACAUCUGGAUUUGCUUUUGAAAAUAUAGUUUCGGAACAUGGGGAGAAAGCUCCGAAUGUGGUGUACAAGGGUAAAAUGGACAAUCAGAGGCGAAUAGCUGUCAAACGUUUUAACAGGUCCGCUUGGCCCGAUGCACGUCAAUUCAUGGAAGAAGCAAAAGCUGUCGGUCAACUUCGGAACCAUAGAAUGGCGAAUUUAAUUGGCUGCUGUUGUGAAGGUGACGAGAGGUUAUUGGUCGCUGAAUUUAUGCCACACGAAACUCUUGCAAAACAUUUAUUUCACUGGGAAGCACAACCUAUGAAGUGGGCAAUGCGGUUAAGAGUUGCUUUAUAUAUUGCAGAAGCUUUAGAAUAUUGUACGAGCAAAGGCCGUGCUCUUUAUCACGAUCUCAAUGCCUACAGAAUUGUCUUUGAUUAUGACUGCAAUCCGAGAUUGUCAUGCUUUGGUUUGAUGAAGAACAGUCGAGACGGAAAAAGUUACAGUACAAACUUGGCAUUUACUCCCCCAGAGUAUCUACGGACAGGAAGAGUUACUCCAGAAAGUGUAUUUUACAGCUUUGGAACACUUUUGCUCGACCUUCUCAGCGGAAAACACAUUCCACCGAGUCAUGCCCUUGAUUUGAUAAAGGAUCGGAACCUUCAGAUGUUGACAGAUUCUUGCUUGGAAGGUCAAUUUUCGACUGAUGGUGGAACUGAGUUAGUUCGUCUAGCUUCAAGAUGUUUACAGUACGAACCCCGUGAGAGGCCUAAUCCUAAAUCAUUAGUUGCUGCAUUGAUUCCUCUUCAGAAGGAAACCGAGGUUCCUUCUCACACAUUAAUGGGUAUACCUCAUGGCGAAGAAGUUCUAUCUCUAUCAGCUCUUGGUGAAGCAUGCCUAAGAAUGGAUUUAACCGCCAUACACGAGAUUAUUGAAAAACUUGGUUACAAAGACGACGAGGGAGUAACAACUGAGCUUUCGUUCCAGAUGUGGACAAAUCAAAUGCAGGAUACGUUGAACUCAAAGAAAAAGGGCGAUGCGGCUUUCAGGCAUAAAGACUUCAGAGUUGCAAUUGAAUGUUACACACAGUUUAUUGAUGUUGGAACAAUGAUGUCACCGACCGUAUUCGGUCGACGAAGUUUGUCGCAUCUGAUGAAUGAUAUGCCUGAAGAGGCGCUAAACGAUGCAGUGCAGGCACAAGUAAUAUCCCCCGUUUGGCAUAUUGCUUCUUAUUUACAAGCUUCUGCUCUUUUCGCGCUUGGCAGGGAAAACGAGGCUCAAAUUGCACUUAAAGAAGGUUCCAUUCUCGAAGAAAAGAGGACCACUAAUUCUUGAAAAUAUGGCAUAAUCAUGUUUUGUUUUGGGAUUUCAGCCCCUGAAUUAUAUAGCUCAAUAUUUUUUUCGUGGUUAAAGGAAAGGGCAAAAAAGUAAAAAAAUUGACCGGUUUCCUUUUUUUUUUUUUCUUUUUUUUUUUUUAAAUAUGGGUUGUAGUUAUGGUCGAGUUUGGAAGAUCGAAAGCUUUUCGAAUAAGGCAAUCUUGAUUCGGUGGCAUUGGAAUUUGGAAUGGGUUUUUCAGUUGUGUUGAUAAAAAAAGGGAUUGGUUUUGCUAUACUGUAAUUCGUGUACAGUGCUGCUGCUUGGGCUUUUGUUCAUUGAGUCUUGAAUUUAUUUGUGGAUAAUUUUAUUUUGUUUUAUUUGAAUUACUGAAAUUCUAGUAAAA